AUGGUGGUCCUGCUGCUCCGCCCGGCUCCGCUCUACGCCGCCGCCGCCAUCGCCCCGCUGCACCCGCCCGCCCCGGCCCCUUCCCCGCUGCGGCCUACUACAGGAACUAGCCGCCAGCCCGCAACGCACCCUGCUGGGCAUAGCCGGGGCGGGACCAGGCCGCCGGCCACAAAUCAGACGGCGGCGCUCGAACACUGCGAGCCAAUAGGAGCCACGAAGGGCCCGUGGCGAAGGUCAGUGGAGAACCAGCAAGCUAGGUCGAGCGAGCACAUGAACCCCCGUGCGACAUCUUUGGGGGUGCUCUUAAAGGGGCCGCGCGCCCCGCGUCCGCCCAGCCCGCCGAGGUGGCGCCCCCCAGCGCCCCGGCGGGAGCUGAGCGGGGCAGGCGGAUUCGGUUUAUUUUGCCCUUUUCCGAGGUUCCCGCGGGGACAGACCCGCCGGCCUUUGUGUUGCCAAACCCGGCCCCAGCGCCGCGGCUCCGCUGGACCCCGCUACUGCUCCUGCAGCGCCCUCCUGGACCGCCGCCUCCCCCCCGCCUGCCGCCUUGGCGGCUGGCGGAGCUUCGGGAGGCGGGGGGUCCGUGCGGGUCCCGCGGGGGGUAGCAGCCGGCAGAGCGGCGGAGUGGCGCUGAGGUGGGUGACUCAGGAGCGGCAUUACACUCCCCGGAGUGAGGAACGUAAAGGGACAGCAAAAGUUGAUUUCCUGAAGAAAAUUGAAAAAGAGAUCCAGCAAAAGUGGGAUGAUGAGCGAGUCUUUGAGAUUAACGCUUCGGACAGGCAGAACCAGAAGAGCAAGGGAAAGUACUUCGUUACAUUUCCUUAUCCCUACAUGAAUGGCCGCCUUCACCUGGGACACACGUUUUCUUUGUCUAAAUGUGAGUUCUCCGUUGGGUACCAAAGGCUAAAGGGGAAGAGCUGCUUGUUUCCCUUCGGGCUGCACUGCACAGGGAUGCCCAUCAAGGCUUGUGCGGAUAAGCUGAAAAGAGAAAUGGAGUUAUAUGGCUGCCCACCUGAAUUUCCUGAUGAGGAGGAAGAAGAGGAAGAAAGUUCUGCUAAAAAAGAAGAAGAAAUUAUCAUCAAAGACAAAGCAAAAGGCAAAAAGAGUAAGGCUGCUGCCAAGACUGGCUCCUCCAAGUACCAGUGGGGAAUCAUGAAGUCCUUAGGGCUGUCUGAUGCAGAGGUGGUCAGUUUUUCUGAAGCAGAGCACUGGCUGGAGUAUUUCCCUCCCCUCGCUGUCCGGGACCUGAAGAGCAUGGGGCUGAAGGUGGACUGGAGGCGUUCUUUCAUUACUACAGAUGUUAAUCCUUACUAUGACUCCUUUGUACGAUGGCAAUUCCUUACAUUAAAGGAAAGAAAUAAGAUAAAGUUUGGGAAACGAUACACGAUUUAUUCUCCAAAAGAUGGACAGCCUUGCAUGGAUCACGACAGGCAAACAGGAGAGGGUGUUGGGCCUCAAGAGUAUACACUGAUAAAAAUGAAGGUGUUAGAUCCUUAUCCUGCAAAAUUAAGUGGUCUAAGAGGGAAAAAUAUCUUCUUGGUGGCUGCCACACUCAGACCAGAGACCAUGUUUGGACAGACGAACUGCUGGGUGCGCCCAGACAUGAAGUACAUCGGCUUUGAAACUGUCAAUGGGGAUAUUUUUAUCUGUACCCAGAGAGCUGCCAGGAACAUGUCCUACCAGGGCUUUACCAAAGACAAUGGAGUGGUGCCUGUGGUCAAGGAGCUGAUGGGAGAAGAGAUUCUCGGUGCUGCGCUUUCGGCACCUCUCACCGCCUACAGAGUUAUCUACGCUCUUCCCAUGCUGACCAUCAAGGAGGACAAAGGGACUGGAGUGGUAACGAGUGUUCCCUCCGAUUCGCCGGAUGACAUUGCAGCCCUGAGAGAUUUGAAAAAAAAGCAGGCUCUGAGGGUGAAGUAUGGCAUCAAAGAUGAAAUGGUGCUGCCGUUUGAACCGGUGCCCAUCAUUGAAAUCCCAGGCUAUGGCAACCUUUGUGCUCCGACGGUCUGUGAUGAGCUCAAAAUCCAGAGCCAGAACGACAGAGAGAAACUUGCUGAGGCCAAGGAGAGAGUGUACCUGAAAGGAUUUUAUGAGGGAGUAAUGUUGGUGGAUGGAUUCAAAGGACAAAAAGUUCAAGAUGUCAAGAAAGUUAUUCAGAAGAUGAUGGUGGAUAAUGAUGAAGCCAUGAUUUACAUGGAACCUGAGAAACAAGUCAUGUCCAGGUCUGCUGAUGAAUGUGUCGUGGCCCUUUGUGACCAGUGGUAUUUAGACUAUGGUGAAGUCACCUGGAAGAAACAGGCAUCAGAGUGUUUGAAACACUUAGAGACAUUUUGUGAAGAGACCAGGAGAAACUUUGAAGCUACUUUAGGUUGGCUGCAAGAGCAUGCGUGCUCCAGGACAUACGGCUUAGGUACCCGCCUGCCCUGGGACGAGCAGUGGCUGAUCGAGUCCCUCUCGGACUCCACCAUCUACAUGGCCUACUACACCGUGGCUCAUCUCCUCCAGGGGGGGGACCUGCGGGGCCAAGGGGAGUCUCCUCUGGGCAUCAGGGCACAUCAAAUGAGCAAAGAAGUUUGGGAUUACAUCUUCUUCAAGGCAGCACCAUUUCCUAAAACGGAGAUUCCAAAAGAAAAACUGGACAAGCUAAAGGAGGAGUUUGAAUUUUGGUACCCUGUGGAUCUCAGAGUUUCUGGCAAAGAUCUUGUUCCGAAUCAUCUCUCGUACUACCUCUACAACCACGUGGCCAUGUGGGCAGAGCAAAGAGAAAAAUGGCCAGUAGCUGUGAGAGCCAAUGGACACCUCCUGCUCAAUUCGGAAAAGAUGUCUAAAUCCACAGGCAACUUCCUCACCCUAACCCAAGCUAUCGACAAGUUUUCUGCAGAUGGCAUGCGUUUGGCCUUGGCUGAUGCUGGGGACACCGUCGAAGAUGCCAACUUUGUGGAAGCCAUGGCAGAUGCUGGUAUUCUGCGUCUGUACACCUGGGUGGAGUGGGUAAAGGAGAUGAUUGCCAACAGAGACAGUCUGAGAAGUGGCCCUGCCAACACCUUCAACGACAGAGUCUUUGCCAGUGAGAUGAACGCAGGCAUAGUGAAGACAGACCAAAAUUAUGAGAAGAUGAUGUUUAAGGAAGCUCUGAAAACUGGCUUCUUUGAAUUUCAGGCGGCGAAGGACAAGUACCGUGAGCUGGCCAUCGAGGGAAUGCACAGGGAGCUAGUCUUCCAGUUCAUUGAGGUGCAGACCCUGCUGCUGGCUCCCAUCUGUCCCCACUUGUGUGAGCACAUCUGGUCACUGCUGGGAAAGCCCGGCUCCAUCAUGACCGCCUCGUGGCCGAGCGCGGGCCCCGUGGAUGAGGUGUUGAUCCGCUCCUCCCAGUACCUGAUGGAGGCAGCCCACGACCUGCGCCUGCGCCUCAAGAGCUACACGGCACCUGUGAAAGGGAAGAAAAGCACCAAGGAACCUGCCCAGAAGCCUUCUCACUGCACCAUCUACGUGGCAAAGAGCUACCCGCCGUGGCAGCACACCACCCUGUCCCUUCUGCGCCGCCACUACCAGGCCAGUGGAGGUCACCUGCCAGACAACAAAGUCAUUGCCAGCGAGCUCAGCGCCCUGCCCGAGCUGAAGAAGUACAUGAAGAAGGUUAUGCCCUUUGUUGCCAUGGUUAAGGAAAACCUGGAGAAGAAUGGUUCACGUGUUCUUGAUCUGGAGCUGGAAUUCGAUGAGCGUGCGGUGCUCAUGGAGAAUAUUGUCUACCUGACAAAUUCCCUGGAGCUGGAUCACAUUGAAGUGAAGUUUGCAUCUGAAGGAGACGAUAAAAUAAAAGAAGACUGCUGUCCUGGAAAACCAUUUUCCACAUUCAGAACUGAGCCCAGCGUGUCUGUGUUUUUGGUGAACCCUCAGCCAUCAAAUGGCCAUUUCUCCACAAAAAUUGAAAUCCGGCAAGGAGACAGCAGGGAGACGGUGAUCCGGCGCCUGAUGAAGAUGGACAGAGGAAUCAAAGAUCUCUCCAAGGUGAAGCUGAUGAGGUUCGAUGACCCCGUGCUCGGCCCGCGCCGUGUCCCCGUCCUCGGCAAAGAGGAAGCGGAGAAGACGCCCAUCCUGGAGCAGGCCAUCUUCCACAUCGACCUGGGCCAGAGGCACGUCCGCGUCUCUGAGAACGGCCUGACGAGGGACAUUGGGGACACCAUUGUUUAUCUCGUUCAUUAAACUGACUCGGUCCCCGGCAGCGAGGGAGGUCAGAGAGGGACUUGGAAAGCGUCGGUAAUGAACAAAGUUGAGAAUUGAUUCUAGAAAAAGGAAAAGCCCACCCAAACCAACCUGAUUUUGCAUGCAACUUCCUGCUCUUUUCAAUGUGGAUAUAAUAAAACUAUUUUCCUCUGGCCCUUUGGCUUUUCUUGGAAAGAAUCUGUUAUCCCGUGCGCUGACCCGGCAGCUCUCCCCUCUCAGCUGGGACAGUGAUGGCAGGAGUGAACUGGAGGGUGCUGUGCUGGGGAUCCUGCUCCCGCCUGCAGGGCUGGGACCUGGGGACAGAGGCUGCUGCAAGUCUCCGGAGCCGCCGGGAAGGCAGCUGGCAGGAAAGCUCUCCUUAAAUUCCUUCUCCAAAAGCACAGGUGUUGGUUCCAGGAAGCAGGGAUUCGGGCAAUAGAAAUCCACUAUAUUGACAAAGCAGCAGCCAGAUAAUCUGAGCAGAUAAAAAGGAGUUCAGAGUUUUAGCACAGUAAGUGUUGCUUCCUUGCGCUUUCAGCGUCGAUGGGGUGUUCUCCCUUCCAGCAGCUCCCCAGGGAGCAGAGACCCAUGGAUUUUUGGGAGAGCUGGUGAAGUGGGGGGGGUGUGCCAUUUGUGUUGGGUUUUUUUCUGCUGUGAGGGGGAAGUUAAACAGCAGUGGUAUUUCUUACAGUCUCAGUGUUCAAGUGAAUCAGCCCAACUGGGUUGUUAAUGAGCAAGAUAGAGCUAAAGAGCUGGAAUUGUCUCUGGUGGUGUGUUGGCUUCCAGGAGAUGUCACUGCGACGCUGGUUCUUGUGCUUUUUAUCCCAAUAAAAGCUGGUGCCAGGAUAAA